GAGAGGGGGAGCCAGUGAACCAACGAGUCAGAGCGAGUAAGCAUGGGAGCCAGAGUAGUAAAGAGAGCCUGAUGCACGCAGUUUUGAAGGGGAGAGAAAAGAGACACGCAGAGAAAGAAGAAGAGGAGAAACAAGAAGAGCAGCUGAGGGAGGAAGCUCCAGUGUGUCAACUCCAACACUCUUUUCAUCCCCACUGUUAAUUCAUCAUCUGGCAACUAGGAGACAUCUGUAUACUGGCCGGUAACAAUGGUUUCCUGGCUGCUGUUUCUUCUUCUCUUCUGCUUCACCAGCACGGGGAGCUCUGCGGUGUUCACCCAACAACCCACAGACCUGGUUGUGGUGGCGGGACACCCGGUGACCCUGCCCUGCACCAUCCCCGGGUACCACGGCAUGGUGCUGUGGCUGCGGGAUGGCAUGGCCCUGGGAGUUAACAGGGAUAUUUCAGGUUACCCACGGUAUGACAUCAUUGGAGACCACAGUAAAGGAGAAUACCACCUCCUGAUCCAGCGAACAGAGAUUCAAGAUGAUGCUUUCUUCGAGUGCCAGGCCAUCCAGGCGGCCAUCAGGUCCCGCCCCGCCCGCCUCACUGUGCUGGUUCCUCCUGAUGACCCGGUGAUCGUGGGGGCCCCGGUGAUGAGUUUACGGGCCGGUGACCAUUUCAACCUCACAUGUCACGCAGACAACGCCAAACCUGCUGCGUCUAUCAUCUGGAUCCGCAACGGGCUGGUCCUGAGUGGAGCCAUGUACUCAAAGACCUUGUUGCGGGAUGGUAAGAGGGAGAGCACCGUCAGCACCCUCUACCUGUCUCCCUCCAACAUCGAGUCGGGGCAGCAGAUCACCUGCCGCGCCUCCAACAAAGCCGCCCCCAACGGCAAGGAUGCUACUGUCACUAUCGAUAUUCAGCACCUUCCGAUCGUAAACCUCACCGUGGAUCCACAGCCCGUUUUGGAGGGAAAUCUGAUCAAAUUCCACUGUGCCGCCAAAGCCAACCCACCUGUCCUCUACUACAGAUGGGCUAAAGGCAUUAACGGGAUUUUAGACGUACAUGGUGACACCUAUGAGGUCGUUGUGGAUCACUCUUUCUUCACGGAGCCUGUUUCCUGUGAGGUCACCAACGCGCUGGGCAACACCAACAUCAGCCGGAACGUGGACGUCUACUUUGGGCCCCGGAUGGCGGCGGAGCCUCAGUCUCUGCAGGUGGACCUGGGAUCUGAUGCGGUUUUUAACUGUGCAUGGACAGGAAACCCCUCUCUGACCAUUGUUUGGAUGAAACGUGGCUCAGGAGUGGUGCUUAGCAACAAGAGUACUCUGACAAUGAAAGCAGUAAAGCAGGAGGAUGCUGGGAAGUAUGUGUGUCGGGCCGUGGUCCCCAGAGUGAACGCCGGGGAGAAGGAGGUGACGCUCACUGUGAAUGGUCCUCCCACCAUCUCCAGCACCCAGACUCAGCAGGUGCUCUACGGAGAGAAGGGUCAGAUCAAGUGCUUCAUCCGCAGCACCCCUCCUCCCGACCGCAUCGCCUGGUCCUGGAAGGAGACGGUCUUAGAGUCGGGGACGUCUGGACGCUACACCGUGGAGACAGUCAGUACUGAUGAGGGAGUGAUCUCCACUCUGACCAUGAGCAACAUCGUCCCCGCUGACUUCCAGACCAUCUACAACUGCACCGCCUGGAACAGCUUCGGCUCCGACACAGAGAUCAUCCGACUGAAAGAACAAGAGACGCUGCGGCUGGCGGUCAUCAUCGGGGUGGGGGUGGGGGCCUUCCUCGCCCUCUCCAUCCUCCUGGGGACCCUCGGCGCCUACUGCUGCACCCGAUUCCAGCGGAAGGAUGUCCAUCUGGUCAUGUCUUCUCUUCCCGUGUCUCUUUCGCGCCAGAGGGAUGUGAAACCAGAGAGUCUCAAAGGAGCGGGUAAAGUCAAAAAUGACAUUCGAGUGGAGAUCGUCCACAAGGAUCACAACGCAGCGCGGGAGAGCGAGGAACACACGAGCAUCAAACAGAUGAUGAUUGAGCGCGGGGAAUUCCAGCAGGAGCCCGUGCUGAAGCAGCUCGAGGUUCUCCAGGAGGAAGAGAAGGAGUUCCAGCACAUCAAGGACCCCACCAAUGGCUACUACAGUGUCAACACCUUCAACGAGAACCAACCCACCCCCACUAUGGCCCUGGCCCAGAGCCAGACUCCCGACUUAGUCCGAAGCCCCCCUGUUGGAACUAUGACCUUGGGCAAGCAGCGGGUGCCCACCGGCAUGUCCUUCACCAACAUCUACAACACCCUGGGGGCCACGCCCAACCGCCUGUACGACUACAGCCAGCGUUUCGUCCUGGGCAUGGGCAGCAGCUCCAUCGAACUGUGCGAGCGGGAGUUCCAGCGCAGCUCCCUGAGCGACUCCAGCUCCUUCAUCGACACGCAGUGUGACAGCAGCGUCAGCAGCUACAGCAAGCAGGAAGGCUACGUGCAGUUUGACAAGGACAGCAAAACCUCCGCCUCGUCCUCCUCCCACUACUCCCAGUCCUCCUCUCAGAACUCAGACCUCACCAGGCCUCUGCAGAAACGCAUGCAGACCCACGUCUAACCGUUUUUGGGGGCUUGAACAGGAUGAUGAGGAUGGAAGUGAUGUUCCAAAGAGCCAUUUUACCUACACAGAUGAAGGGUGUUGUUCCAGUGCUCAAUUGGUAUUACACCAGUGGGACAUAAUGUGAAUUGUAGAUGCCAACUUUUGACUUGAUGAACCUGCUGGAAUCAAAGUGCGAUUUCUUAUUAUGAGCCAUCAACAAAAAAAAAUAUUGACAAUCAUUUGUCUGUUUUUCUGCUCAUAAGAAAAAAAUCUGCAGCUUGCUGCAGUUCUCAUUUUCUUUCAUUCCACAGACUACCUGAACAUAAGCACCUAGGGGCAGCGGUAUUGUUGGACAAAAAACUAAAAGAAGUAACAAGCAAGUUUUUUUUAUUAAUGAGAAAACUCUGGGUGUUGUGAGCUCAGCUGCUGUAUUGUUAAAAUCAGAAAAUGGCUUUUCUUCUGAGUACCUUGGAAGGAAAAAAAGGAUAUGAGCUGGCACAGCAGUAAAACCUGUUAUAUGUCACUCAUUUCCUGUACAUCAGUUACCACAACAACCACGGUUAUUGCUAGCUGUAUUAGAAAUGGAUUCCUCUUUUGUAAAUGUCCUGUACAUUGUUUUAGCUCUUUAACGGCUACUAUUUUUCAGACAUUGUGAUAUUUUCCUUGCCUUUCAGUGUAUGCUAUGCGAUGGAUAAUUUAUCAUCAACUGAUCACAGAAUGCAUGGAGAAAUGGACAUGUCAUCUUUCUCAAACACACGAAGGCAACUCCCCCCGCCCUCCCCUCUUGCCUCCUAAAAGACCGUAAGAUGUUUACAAGUGUAGUAAAAGGGUAUUGAGGUCUGUAAUUUUCCCAUUUAAUGUGAGACACUUGCAGUUUGUGUGUGUGCUGUAUCUCUGGGAAGCACUUUCUAGCUGCCAGAGCAGGUUUGUCACGUCCAUUCAUUUGCUGAUAUUGUGUUGUUUACACUAGAGCUCUGUAAAACCCAGCAUUUUGUGUACUGUGUUUUGACUACCGAAUGACAAAGGGGAAAGAUACAUUGAGAUUCUUGCCAACUGACAUUUCUGAUCUUCUGGGGACUUUGAUGCCUGCUGUUUUAAGUGAGGCAGAAUGCUAGAGCUGGACGCUAAAUGCUAAUAUACCUUUGAAGGCUGACAAUGAGACUGCUGCACUCAAGAACAAUGAAAAAAGGAUGUGCAAACUCAUGUACGACCAGAAACAUCAAUAUUUCAAUGAAGAAAUUAAUACAAGUCUGUCUGGAAUAAUUGUGAGUGCCUGGGCAUUUUAAUAGGCUAUCAGUCAAAGCAGCCACUCAAUAGAGCGGGGCAGUGAUUUUUGUAGGCCGACCCCAAAGUUAGCAUCUCAAGGUCUCCCACGAUAAAUCUAUUGUAUUUUGGAAUAUUGCGGAAAUAAAAUCUGUGGUUUUGGUUCUCUUGUUCAGCCGGAUAAUCUCCAAAUAUGGACACUGCUUUAUAUUUUUGAAGCUUAAAUGUAAUCAACAGAUGUGAAAGCUAACGGCUAUAAGCAAACUACAUUACAUUCCCAUGGCUGCGCAUAAUCUCUUAAUCUACUGUAAACCACAGACCUUAUUUCAUACAUCCAGCUAAAAACAUGUUAAAAUAAUGUGGACUUUGAGACGAGGGAGCCGUAAAAAGGCAAAAAAAUGUAUUUCUGCACCACUUUCUGAAAUCAUGCUGUUACCAUAGACUGUAUCUGGCUGAUACAAAUGAAGGGAAACUUCAGCGUGACACAGCAUAGAAACAGGCAAACAAGAAGGUUAAAUAUUGUCAGUAAUCAAUGUACAUGGAGUAAAGAAAGCACAAAAUAGUACAUUGCAUUUCCACUCAUGAUCUACCAAUGAAUAUAACAGAAAAGCAUGGGUUGAUGUACUAAGUUGUACUAAGCACUUAAACAAUAAAUGUAUUCGGCUCACUCUUACUGUGUGAUACAAUGAACCUUACAUUUGGGGAUUUAUGUUGUGAACAUACAUUACUGUACAGAAAGAAAUAUGUUGUGCCAACAUUGUGUUUUGAUUAAAGAACAUUAAAUAUACCUCAAUGCUA